AUGGAAAGUUGGCUCAAAACGGGGCGCCUCACAAGUGGCAAAAGGAUUUCGGAUUCUUCAUUAAAUUCAGAGCCACCAGCAGUGUGUAUUGAAAAUAUUUCAGAAAAUGUUCCUGGAUCGUCGGGUUUGCUAAAUACACAAGACCCUAGUGCCGGACUGAAUAUACAACAUACAAUCACCAAAAGAGUUGCAACCCAGGAGAAAACUUCUUCAAAAAAGAGAAGAUACGACGAAUCCUACUUGUCCUUUGGAUUUGUUCCUGUGGGAAUGACUGAGAACUCGGAUGGACAAUGUGUGAUUUGCAACAAAAUAAUAAGUAAUAGCUCACUGGUACCUGCAAAGCUUAAACGACAUCUUGACACGAACCACCCAGAACUGAAAGAUAAAAGCGUCAGCUUUUUUGAAAGACACAAAGAAGUGCGUAGAACUGGUACAGCUGCUAUACAAAAAUUUGUAAAGACCGAUAAUGAAAAUGCAACAGAGGCAUCAUUUCUGCUAAGUUACAAAAUCGCUCGUGCUGGUAAACCACACACGAUUGCAGAGGAUUUAAUAAAACCAUGUAUGACAGAAAUUGUCACUUGUGUACUUGGAGAAGAAGCAGCAAAGAAAGUGUCAGCAGGGCAGUGUUCAAAUAACGUCAUUUCUGAUCGAAUUCAUAAGAUUUCUGACCAUAUUCAAGAUGAAUUAAUUAGUGGAUUGAAGACCAGCGAGAUGUUUGCAAUACAACUGGACGAAAGUAUAGAUGUCGUCGGGUUAUCAAUACUGCUUGUUUUUGUGAGAUAUCCCUUUGGAGGAUCUAUUGAAGAGGAUUUGUUUCUUUGUACUCCUUUAGAAACCAACACAACCGGAGAAGAAAUUUUUAAAGUUAUCGAUAGUUACAUGACUAAGCACCAUAUUGAUUGGAACAAAUGUAUUGACGUGUGUAGUGAUGGAGCGGCAGCUAUGGUUGGCAAAAUAAAAGGCACUGUAACAAGAAUCAAGGAGGUUGCACCUAAAUGUAGUAGCAGUCACUGCGUUUUACAUCGCCAUGCCCUUGUCGCAAAAAAAAUGCAAUACGAGCUCAAGACAGUUCUCGACCAAGCAGUACUAAUUGUAAACUACGUUAAAUCACGUCCACUCCAGUCGAGGCUUUUUAAAAAAGUGUGUGAGGAUAUAGGAAGUCAGCAUCAAUCACUUCUUCUUCACACGGAAGUAAAAUGGCUUUCAAGAGGAAGAGUUCUAUUAAGGCUGUUUGAAUUGCACGACGAGCUUAAGAUAUUCUUUACCAAACAACCAGUUUCUGCACACGUUAAUAAGCUUGUUGAACUGCUGCAUGAUGAGCAAUGGUUGAUGCAAUUGGCUUAUUUAGCUGAUAUAUUCGAUAAGCUCAACGUAAUCUGCAAGGCAUUACAGGGACGAGCUACAACAAAAUUUACAGUAAAUGAUAAAAUGUCUUCACUGAAAAACAAGCUUGCGUUCUGGAUUGAAUGUGUUGAAAAACAUAAUUACGAAUGUUUCACAAUAUUAAAUGACUUUCUAAAAGAAAAUGAGCUGCGGGUAUCUUCAGACGUGGAAAAGAAUAUACAUGAGCAUUUGACAAGCCUUACAAAAUCUUUGCAUGAGUAUUUUCCGGAGCAGUUGCAGGACAUGGACUGGGUGCAGAAUCCGUUUGUAAAUCACACCAAACCUUCGAUGCUGUCGGUGUCAGAGUAUGAGAAUUUGAUUGACAUCAAAUUUUCAUCAACGCUAAAACAAAAGUAUGAAGAAGGAACUUUUGAUUUAAACGCCUUUUGGAUUGGACUCAAAGAUGAAUACCCAGAAAUUGUUAAUAGAGCCAUCACAUUACUGUUACCGUUUGUGACGACUUACCGAUGCGAGACUGGUUUUUCCGCAUAUGCUUACACCAAAAGCAAGUACAGAAAUAGACUGGAUGCAGCUCCAGAUCUUCGCGUUCAACUGUCGGACAUUAAGCCUAAUUUUAAUGCUAUUUUAAGAAAAUAUGUAAAAAAAUUUCAUUCGUCACAUUAA